AUGCUGAACCAAACAGAUGUGAAUCCAGACUUAUUCAUCCUUAAUGGGAUCCCAGGCUUGGAGGAUGUUCACCUUUGGAUUUCCUUCCCAUUUUGCUCCAUGUAUGUUGUGGCUGUGGUAGGGAAUUGUGGACUCCUCUACCUCAUCUGGCAAGAGGACGCCCUGCACAGGUCCAUGUACUACUUCUUGGCCAUGCUUUCCCUAACUGACCUCGUCAUGUGCUCUAGUUCCAUCCCUAAAGCUCUUUGCAUCUUCUGGUUUCAUCUCAAGGAAAUCAGCUUUGAAGAGUGCCUAGUCCAGAUGUUCUUCAUCCACACCUUCACAGGCAUGGAGUCUGGGGUGCUCAUGCUCAUGGCCCUGGACCGCUAUGUGGCCAUCUGCUACCCUCUGCGCUACUCAACUAUCCUCACUAACCCUGUCAUUGUCAAGGCUGGCCUUGCCACUUUCCUGAGAGUGGUAUUGCUUGUCACCCCUUUGAUUUUUAUCAUUAGAAGACUCCCUUACUGUCGAGGUAAUAUAAUACACCACACCUACUGUGACCAGCUCUCUGUAGCCAAGAUAUCUUGUGGAAAUAUCAAGGUAAACAUUAUCUACGGUCUAACGAUUGCCCUUCUGAUUGGGGGCUUUGACAUUCUGUGUAUCACAGUCUCCUACACCAUGAUUCUCCGGGCAGUGGUCAACCUCUCCUCUGCAGAUGCCCGGCAGAAGGCCUUCAGCACCUGCACUGCCCACAUCUGUGCCAUUGUUUUCUCCUAUAGCCCAGCUUUCUUCUGUUUCUUUUUCAACCGCUUUGGAGGCCACUCAAUCCCUCCAUCUUGCCACAUCAUUGUGGCCAAUAUUUAUCUUCUCUUGCCUCCCACUAUGAAUCCUAUUGUCUAUGGAGUGAAAACCAAACAGAUACGUGAUUGCGUCUUACGAAUGCUUUCUGGUUCAAAAUCCCAUAGCACAUGA